GGCGCGCAAGUCUCCACUGUGCUUAGUCACGCUGAGUGUCUGCUUUUACACACACACACACACACACACACACACACACACACACACACAAACAAAGAGAACUACACACGCGCGCGUUCUCGCUCUAACAACCGCCGGUGACCUGACACAGAGGAACAUUGAAGUCAAAAGACUGCCACUGGGUCUCACUGGUCAUGCUGCAGUCUAACAUCUGUCAAUCAUUCACACACGGAUGUAAGUCACAUCACACGGGUGACAUGUUUUGGAUGUGCAUUUCUUCGUAGUUGAAUGUGACGUAGUCCAGGAAGAUUUCUGAGUUAAAACAUCACACGUUCUAGAUGGUUUUCAUUCUCUUGAGCAGAAGGUGUAAAUAUGUCAGCAAAGACUGGUUGGAUUCGUUCUUGAUGUCUGCUGCAUGUCGUUCUCAUAACCUCUGGAGACAGUGAACCACUGAAACAACUUCUCCUAUCAAGUCAAAGAAUUAUCAUGGGAGUAACGUCAUGGAGCCAAAGCUACAGGACACUGUGAUUGUCGUCUGCUGUCAGCAUGACCGUGAGCUGUCCCCUGUGAGCGUCACCUGUCUGACCCGCACGUCUCUCUAGGGCUGACGGUCCACACCUAAGACUGUGUUCAACUCUAGGUCAUCUUCCCUCUGUCGUUUGCUUGCGCUGGCGAGCGAGGAUGAGCACGCUGGACCACAGCCGGUGAGGAUGUAUGCAGCGUCCGGUAUGACAGAAUGCAAGGCGGAGGUCACUCCGUCGGCACGAAACGGGCACCGUGUGUUCAGCUACACCCUGGAGAGCCACACGGCGGCCGCCUUCAACAUCAUGAACGAACUCCGCUUGGAGCGGCAGCUGUGCGACGUCACGCUGAGGGUGAAAUACAACGAUCUGGAGGCUGUUGACUUUGUAGCGCAUAAGGUUGUGUUGGCCUCGUCAUCGCCGGUGUUUCGUGCCAUGUUCACCAACGGCUUGAAGGAGUGCGGCACUGAGGUGGUACCUAUUGAGGGGAUUCACCCAAAGGUGAUGGGACGGCUUAUCGAGUUUGCGUACACGGCGAGCAUCUCGGUUGGAGAGAAGUGUGUGAUUCACGUCAUGAACGGUGCCGUCAUGUAUCAGAUCGACAGUGUGGUCAAAGCCUGCUGCGAUUUCCUCGUACAGCAGCUCGACCCGAGUAACGCCAUCGGCAUCGCCAGCUUCGCUGAACAGAUCGGCUGCACAGAGCUCCAUCAGAAGGCCAGAGAAUACAUCUACAUGAACUUCAGUCAUGUGGCCACACAAGAGGAGUUCUUCAACCUGACUCACUGUCAGCUGGUGACGUUGAUCAGCCGUGACGAGCUGAAUGUGCGUUGUGAGUCUGAGGUGUUUCACGCGUGCGUGGCGUGGGUUCAGUACGACCGCGAGAACCGCCGGCCGUAUGUUCAGGCUUUGCUGCAGGCCGUCCGCUGCCACUCACUCACACCUCAUUUCCUGCAGCGCCAGCUGGAACAUUUUGAGUGGGACGCUCAGAGUAAAGACUACCUGUCGCAGAUCUUCCAGGACCUCACACUGCACAAACCCACCAAAGUCAUUCCGUGCCGAACACCCAAAGUGCCGCAGCUCAUCUACACGGCCGGCGGCUAUUUCCGUCAGUCACUUAGCUACCUGGAGGCGUUUAACCCCUGCACGGGCGCUUGGCUGCGGCUGGCGGAUCUGCAGAUGCCUCGUAGCGGUCUGUCGGCGUGUGUCAUCAGCGGUCUGCUGUAUGCCGUGGGCGGACGUAAUAACGCUCCGGACGGGAACAUGGACUCCAACACGCUGGACUGUUACAAUCCCAUGAACAACUGCUGGCUGCCCUGCGCUCCCAUGAGUGUCCCACGCAACCGCAUCGGCGUGGGCAUCAUCGACGGCAUGAUCUACGCUGCGGGCGGGUCACACGGAUGUGUCCAUCAUAACAGCAUGGAGAGGUAUGACCCAGAGAGAGAUUCCUGGCAGCUUGUGGCUGCCAUGUUGACGCGGCGCAUCGGAGUGGGCGUGGCCGUCAUUAAUCGUCUGCUAUAUGCAGUGGGAGGUUUCGAUGGGACUCACCGGCUGAGCUCGGCCGAAUGCUACAAUCCUGAUAGAGACGAAUGGAGAAGCGUAGCGUCCAUGAACACGGUCCGCAGCGGAGCAGGUGUGUGCGCCCUGGGGAACUACAUAUACGUGAUGGGCGGGUACGACGGGACGAAUCAGCUGAACACAGUGGAGCGAUAUGAUGUGGAAACGGACAGUUGGAGUUUCACAGCAUCCAUGAGACACAGACGCAGCGCUCUUGGUGUGACCGCACACAACCAGCGCAUCUAUGUGCUCGGUGGUUAUGACGGCAACACUUUUCUGGACAGUGUGGAGUGUUUUGACCCAGAAACGGACACAUGGACAGAGGUCACCAAAAUGACGUCUGGUAGGAGCGGGGUCGGGGUGGCUGUUACUAUGGAGCCGUGCCAAAAAGACCUCAGCCAGUGUCAGAAACACUAGUGCCUGUCUGUCUCUCUCUCAGCCAAUGUCAUUAGCGCACAACAGACGUGUUCUUCACUCACACACUCAUGACAUCUCCUCAGAUCUUCUCUGUACUUAUAUUCACAUCUCUAAUGUCUUGUGAGUUUGCCCUGUGGUGUUGAGCACCUGCACUUCACCCCGUGGAGGACUUGAGAGCAGAGCCCACAAAUUUCAUAAAGUGCCAUGAUCUACACACGAGUGAUCUGACGCCCGAGCACAGUAUGCCAGUAUACCAGAAUCAACACGACCGUAUUAAAUCUCUCAAUGAAUAAAGUUUUGACUUCAGAAUCGUCUUUCUCCCUGUGACCAAGAAGACGUUUGCCUAAAGCCCCAAAUGAUUUUGUAUUUGCUUUGUUAAUGUCAAGAUGUAGAUGACUUCUCAGACUGAUGGCGAAGAGCUUGUGUAAGUUGUGCACAGAUUUAAGAUCAACCUCAGAGCUUUGGAGCCCACAAGAACAUUUACACGCAACAGUUUUAGUGGAUUCAAGACUACAAAUGAAACAAAUUUACUAAUUUAAGGCAACAAUGAUUUUUACAGCCUGAAAAUAAUGUAUUUCUACAACCAAUUCAAGCUGCUUUGUCCCAGGGAGUUUCUACAUUGGUAUUGAGGGAAGUCUUGUGCAUCAUUUUCCUGUAUUUAUUUGACAUUUUCCCCCCUUGCUUGUGAUCAUUGGUCGCACCUCUUCAUACUAAACUGUUUAAUUUAGUUUGAAAAGAUUAGUUAUAUAUUGUACUAUAAGUGUACAUUUUCAAUUGUACCCCAAUGAACAACAUGUACAAACAUUAUAUAUUAAAGCAUAUGUUUAAAUAGUU